AUGAUUCCUGUCACUCUCGACACACUCAACCAGCUCAUAGGGCUACCACCUGUCUUGAUUCUCGACCGAAAUUCCAUGGGCGUUGCCUAUGUUGAUUUCCUAGUCCGCCUUUCUCCACGACACAUCACCUCGAAGGAGGGUCACAAUCAGCUCCCCUUCGAGCUGUGGCUUACGAUACUCGAAUUCGCCCAGCCUAUUCCCAAACCGCGUUUCAGGGGUCUUGAUAGACGGGGAACCUGCGACCUGGUGAUACCGCGUGCUUUGGGAGUGAAUAUCGACGGGAUACCCACCUUGUUUUGUGAGCCCUUGAGCAGACCACAGUUUGGCUUGUUGAAGCACUGGGAUCUAGAGAGGCUGUACAAUCACUAUCUCAAGCGACCGCACCUUCAGCUCUCGGAAGCUAAGAACCCGUUUGGCGAUCCAUCAACCCCGGGGGCCACCUUCAUAGGACUCCCAGUCGGCCCGGGUAAUGCUCUCUUUGCAGAGCCCCAAGAGAUCUUGACGAGGUUCGAUGAUGAGAUGCGAAUCUCCCUGGGCACGAGCCUCUGCCCUUCGACAUCGUUCUUCUGCUGGACAUCACUCUUCUACUCGCCAAUCAUCUGGACAUCAGUCUUCUGGCCAGCACUGUUGCGCAACCUACUGGACACUACUCUUCUGGUCAGCACUUUUCUUCUCGUCAAUCUUCUGGACGCCCUCGACGAUAAAAUGCGAGUCUCCCUCGUCUACUUCCACAAUAGCCUGGUCAGGCGAACGGAAAGCCAAGAAGGCCGACUCAAAUAUCUCGAUCAGUGGCAGAUAGGACUCAAGGAACUGGCAAAUAGGCUAUCGAAAGGCGGAAAUCUCGGUAUUCACGAGUCCUUGCUAGUCAAUCUCGCCGUAUAUACGGAGUGGCUGAGGGAACUAUUGGAUCUAAUAGAGGAUCUAUGA